AUGUUCUAUACAAUGUGGUUUGAAGAGGAUGUCAAGAUUCCGUUGAGUAGCGAGAUGAAAGAGAGGGAGGUGCUUGAGGUGCUGAAGAGCAAAUAUGUUGGCAAGAUUAUUGAAGGGUUUGGGGUGUGUGUGGUGGUUACUGAGUGUGCGGGAGUUGACGAGUAUCAGGUUUAUGACGAGUUUCUGGCAGCGCAUGCAAAAUUUGAGAUGCUUUUGUUCAAGUUCUUUAGAGAUGAAGUAAUGCAUGGAGAGAUUCUGUCGCAGGAUUGUGAAGGGAUCCGACUGGGGAUACCAUUUUUUGAUGAGAUGCGAGUUCGGAAGGAGAACCUGGCUGAGGGUUCUGAAAUGGUGUAUGUGAACGAUGGAGGAGAGAAGAAGGCAGCAUGGGUAUGGGUGUAUAAGAACAACCGGUUUUAUUUCCGUAGGAAGUCAAAGGUGCGGCUGAGAGUGCUGUGGGACUGUGCUGAUGCAUGUGUGAUGUGUGAUUUCAAGGAGAUGGGGCUUGGCCCGAUUGAUUGGUGGGAGUAA